UCAUUUCGAAAUUCUAUGUGGAAGUUCAACAUUUCAUCCGAUUGUAUUUGUUUUUCAUGUUUAAUAUAUUAAUAAUAAAUUGUGAUAUUUAGGGCUACUUACAAACCAUUUAGCAGUUAUUUAUAGAGUAGAUUUGUCUCGCUAAAUCGAGAUUAAACAGUUUUUAUCGAUUUUUUUUUUGUAAUUUUAGUACUAUAUAUCGUGCGACAUGCAACCAUCCAACUUCAGAAACCCAAAUAUCAGCGAACCCAGAGUUUUUGGUAAUCAUUUUCCGCUGAAUACUCAUGUAGGUGUAGUUCCUACUAAUCAGCCACCUCUCGUGCCACCAAGACCCUUCCAGUCAAAUAUCAAUAAUUCUUACGGUAACUACAAUCGGUUCAAUUUGUCUUCGUUUCCAUAUUCCGGAGCUGGAGGUGGAUACGGAACAUUUGGAGGAUAUGGAUACAACAAUUAUAACAAUGUUUACGGAGGUGGUUAUGGGUUCGGUUCCUCGACCUAUCCAGAACAAAGAUUUAUCACGAUGGCAGAGGAGAAUUCGAGAUCUGCUUUCCAAAAUAUAGAAUCAUUGGUCGGGACUGUGAGCAACAUUGCUGCGAUGUUGGAUUCAACAUUUUUUGCAUUGACUAGUUCAUUCAGAGCAGUACUAGGCGUAGCAUCAAAUUUCGCGCACUUACGUGGGGUAUUCGCCCAGCUUUGGACUUCGUUUGCUCUAUUUCGUUGGAUUAUCUGGUGUUAUCGAAAGACACUGUAUUUGCUAAGAAUAAGAAAAACGGAUCCUUCUAUUGAAGGCUUCAAAGACGCUUUUAGAUCAGCAGAGAUUGAAACGCGUGCUGGAUAUCAACCGAAAGGAUCAUCGGCUCCAAUUCUACUUUUCCUCGGAUUUAUUAUGUCCGCGCCGUAUUUGCUGAUGAAGCUUUUCGGCAACGAAAACGACACAAAAUAUGCUCAAGAUCCCAAAACGUGGCAAAAUCCUAUCGAAGCUGUCGCACUGUAUAACUUCAACUCUUCAAACCCAAAUGAGCUUACAAUCUACGCAGGUGAACGAUUAUCAAUCGCUCCUAGAGUUGUUCAAACUGAGCAUAAUUUGAUCAACACCGGUUGGGUAUUAGCUUCUAAAGAUAGUACAACGUGUGGCUUAAUUCCGAUUAGCUAUGUACAAGGCCCUAAACAACAACCAUCAAAUACAUGUGAUUCCAACACAAAUCCUGUAGAACAGAAUGAGAAAUUUUAAAUCGAUGUCAUUCUGGCGUGGUGUUCGCAGUUGCUUAGCCGAAUGUGUCCGUGGAAAGCACAUUGACCGAAGACAUUUUCAGCGCAUUAUCACUUUUCGACCGCUAGCCUGCUAAUCGGUAUUUCGAUUCAUAGUAUAAGUUCAAUAAAUUUACCUUCCUUUGGAAAAAAAUGAGUAAGCGUAACAUAAUAUGUAACGAAAAAAAUGCCGGUACUGGGAGUAGAUACGCGCGAUAUCAAUCCGGUACAUACUUAGGGAACGGCGAUCGAUAACGUGUUAAUAAUGAAGUAAUUACGAUCCACGUUACGGAAAACAAUUGUGUCGAAAAGGGAAUCUUGUAUUUUGAAUACAGGUAUGGCUAUGGGAGAUGGGGCAAAAUAAUCGUUAAUAUAUGUAUUCCAUAAAUAAAUCUAUAAUUGUUUAUAGGUCAUAACUAGUAAUAACGACCUGGGCUGUCAUUGCCUGCUAAUGUAAUUAUGUUUUCUUUUAUGUAUUGUUUUUUUUAUUGUUGCAAUACUUAGGUUAUAUUAAAUACAUAUCUACCAAGGAUUUA